UGCGCUUUCAACGCAGGAAACGACGAACAGGGGACGACACAUAGCCAUGUGCGUUGAGAACCUCGCUCGGGAAUUGUCACAAGGUAGAAUGCUUACGGCCAACAUGCCUCCACAGUCACGCAGAUCUUGGUACCUAGUCAGCAGCAUACUGACAGCAUUGAUGCAGAAUACCAACAAGGUUUAGGACAUCAUCAACGGGGAGAAACUGUCUGGAGGGAAAGGCAAAUGGACCGACUACUGACGCAAAUCAAGUGUUUGCACGACUUGCCCAAACAAACACAACAGUCUGAACUCCUCCGAAUCUGCACGACAAUAGAUGCCUUGCCACAAGUACAAGACAGUAGGCAACCUAAUGCGAUACCAACCCCCCCGGAGCUGCGCAUACCCGUUCGCGCCUUUGUUUCGACCUUGCCCGAUAUUCAGUACAGAGAGCAGCUCGAGAAGGAGUUCGAGCGAACGUUGGAAUACGUUCAGGCUCAGCGCAAGAUUCUGAAGGCUGUAACAGAGCAGAACGCAACUCUCACAGCGAAAACCGCAUACCGAUGGACAAGCAGUUGCGUGCCGAGCGACCAACAUCCUUCGCCGCUACAAGCUUUACGGCUGUGCUACUACAUGCGCUCGCUAGGUUUCGAAACGUUUGCAAGUAUCAGAACAUAUGAGAGUCAAGGAUUUGGGUUCCAGACAAACAUUCUCCGCCUGUUGGUUGCCAAUCCAGACAGCGAGAAGCGCGGAGUGACUCACGAUCAUUUGUACUGGGCACAAGACAUCACAACUGGCGAGGUAUUGACAAAGGCCUAUAAACUGAGGUAUCGCUGCCUCUUGAUGAGAUCUGGGUUCGUGACAAAUUCACUUGCGCUCGAUAUUGGUCCAUCAUUCGACGCCGAGGGGCUCAGACGACAGUUCAGUCAGCAACAGGGUGGGUCAGUUCAGAUGCGCGGAGGUGAAGCCCGAGAACACCAUCGUUAUAUUCUUACGGUUGAACAGCUUGAGUGGCUGCGAGCCGAUAAGCGGCGGUGGUUUGAGCAACGCGUGCAAUGGGUGGCCGAAGAGGCCGCUGUCGCUCGAGCAGGACGAAUGCUCGAAGCACGCACAAGUACAAGUCUCGUCGACGAAGUCAUCCGCCACUUUCAAUAUAGUACAGGCCGGUAUGCCUCUCCUGGCGAAGUGAUGACUGCCACGAACCCCCGAGCGGAUACCUGGUCAUCGACAGAGGCAGGCAUAUACUGGCCAAGAAGUAGCAGACCGCGAAGUCAUUACCAGAUGCUGUCGCCUUUGGGAAAUCGUUCGUGUGUGCGUCGAAACUCUGUCUAAGAUAGUUUUGAGAUGAUUGAAAGGGGCUUGAUAUCAAACUCAGUGAUGCUGAACAGAUCUGAGGAGUUCGUGAUGUA